UCAGAUGCUAUGAGGGAGAAGUGAGAUUUUAAGUGGAAUAGGGAUGCACCAAGAAAAAUGUACUCAUUUUUGUGAUGACAUCAGUGUCAGCUGAUAUUGAUGAAGGAGUUUCUACCUGUAAUAAAGUAUUUUUGCUUUUCUCUUCAGACAUUCAUUGUAUGCAUCUUUCCAUGUAAAAUGAAUGUGAACAAGGAAUUGUCCAAUAAUAUUAACAUCACAAUCACAUUUUAUUUUCAGUUUAUCAUUGGGGUCUCAGGCAAUGUCAUCCUUCUUCUCUUCCACAUCGUUGUGUUUGUUGUAGGGCACAGGCCCAGACUCACUGACCUGCCUAUUGGCCUCUUGGCCCUAAACCACCUAAUGACGAUGCUAACCACAGGAUUCAUAACUGGAGACAUUUUUACCUCUCAAGGGGGGUUUUGGAAUGAUAUUACAUGUAAAUCAGUUAUCUACUUGAACAGGUCGAUGAGGGGGCUCUCCAUGUGUAUCACCUGCCAUCUGAGUGUCCUUCAGGCUAUCACGCUCAGCCCCAGAAGCUCUUGUUUGGCAAAGUUAAAACACCAAUCCUCAUGUCACAGCCUGUGUUCCCUUCUUUUCUUUUGGCUGUUAUAUAUAUCCAUUAGCAGUCACCUUUUUAUCUCCAUCACUGCUAGUACCAAUUUAACUUCAGAAAAUAUUUUGUAUGUCAGUAAGUCCUGUUCUCUUUUACCCAUGAACUAUUUACUCUGGCACAUAGUUUUCACAUUAUUGACCAUCAGAGAUAUGUUCUUUAUAGGAAUUGUGUCCCUCUCAGGUGGAUACAUAGUGAUUCUCUUGUGGAGGCAUAAAAAACAGUCCCAGCAUCUUCACAGGAACAAAGUUUCUCCAAAAGCAUCCCCAGAACAAAGGGCCACUUGGACCAUUCUGCUGCUUAUGUGUCUCUUUGUAGUUAUGACCAGUUUGGACAUUAUGUCUCACUCAAGAAUUGUGUUGAAUAAUAAUCCAGUAAUAUAUUGUAUUCAAAUUUUUGUGGUCCAUGGCUAUGCCACAGUCAGUCCUUUAGUAUUCAUUACUACUGAAAAACGUAUCAUUAAUAUUUUGAGACUCAUGUGUGGAAGAAAAUAA